AUGGACGUGGACGUGGACGUGGACAUGGACGUGGACGUGGACGUGGACGGGACGUGGACGUGGACGUGGACAUGGACGUGGACGUGGACGUGGACGUGGACGUGGACAUGGACAUGGACGUGGACAUGUCGUGGACGUGGACUGGACGUGGACGUGGACGUGGACGUGGACAUGGACGUGGACGUGGACGUGGACGUGGACAUGGACGUGGACAUGGACGUGGUUGUGGACAUGGACGUGGACAUGGACGUGGACGUGGACAUGGACAUGGACGUGGACAUGGACAUGGACAUGGACAUGGACAUGGACGUGGACAUGGACGUGGACGUGGACGUGGACAUGGACGUGGACGUGGACAUGGACGUGGACGCGGACGCGGACGUGGACUUGGACGUGGACGUGGACGUGGACGUGGACGUGGACGUGGACAUGGACGUGGACAUGGUCGUGGACGUGGACGUGGACGUGGACCUGGACGUGGACGUGGACGUGGACCGUGGACGUGGACGUGGACGUAGACAUGGAGGUGGUCGUGGACGUGGACGUGGACGUGGACGUGGACAUGGACGUGGACGUGGACGUGGACGUGGACGUGGACGUGGACCUGGACGUGGACGUGGACGUUGGACAUGGACGUGGACGUGGACGUGGACGUGGACGUGGACGUGGACAUGGACGUGGACAUGGACGUGGACGUGGACGUGGGACAUGGACGUGGACAUGGACGUGGACGUGGACGUGGACGUGGACAUGGACGUGGACGUGGACAUGGACGUGGACAUGGACAUGGACAUGGACGUGGACGUGGACGUGGACAUGGACGUGGACAUGGACGCGGACGUGGACGUGGACGUGGACGUGGACGUGGACGUGGACGUGGACGUGGACGUGGACGUGGACAUGGACGUGGACGUGGACGUGGACGUGGACGUGGACAUGGACCAGGACGUGGACGUGGACGUGGACAUGGACAUGGACAUGGACGUGGACAUGGACGUGGACGUGGACGUGGACUGGACGUGGACAUGGACAUGGACGUGGACGUGGACGUGGACGUGGACGGGGACGUGGACGCGGACGUGGACAUGGACGUGGACGUGGACGUGGACGUGGACGUGGACGUGGACAUGGACAUGGACGUGGACGUGGACGUGGACGUGGACGCGGACGUGGACGUGGACGGGGAUAUGGACGUGGACAUGGACGUGGACAUGGACGUGGACGUGGACAUGGACGUGGACGUGGACGUGGACAUGGUCGUGGACGUGGACGUGGAUGUGGACGGGACGUGGACGUGGACAUGGUCGUGGACGUGGACGUGGACGUGGACAUGGACGUGGACAUGGACGUGGACAUGGACGUGGAUGUGGACGUGGACGUGGACGUGGACAUGGACGUGGACGUGGACGUGGACAUGGACGUGGACGUGGACGUGGACGUGGACGUGGACUGGACGUGGACGUGGACGUGGACGUGGACGUGGACGUGGACAUGGACGUGGACGUGGACGUGGACAUGGACGUGGACGUGGACGUGGACGUGGACAAGGACGUGGACGUGGACGUGGACAUGGGUCUGGACGUGGACGUGGACGUCGACGUGGACAUGGACGUGGACGUGGACGUGGACGUGGACAUGGACAUGGACGUGGACGUGGACGUGGACGUGGACGUGGACAUGGACGUGGACAUGGACGUGGAGGACUUGGACGUGGACAUGGACAUGGUCGUGGACAUGGACGUGGACGUGGACAUGGACGUGGACAUGGACAUGGACGUGGACGUGGACAUGGACGUGGACGUGGACGUGGACAUGGGGACGUGGACGUGGACGUGGACGUGGACGUGGACGCGGACGUGGACGUGGACGUGA